CAUUGACUUGACGAAUCGACGAGAACAUAGGCGAAGGCCAGCGACCACCGCUUUUGAGUCGAUCGCUGACGGUGUUGUACGAACUAUUGGCAAUCGAGCGACCUUUUCAGGCAAGAGCACAGAGGACAUCCAUCACUUAGACGUGUCUUAAGAAGCUGUCUAGGUCCAACGACUUCAAUUUGCCGCCUUCCAUGAUACGAUGUUAAUGUCCGCACAACCGUCCGCCCCGCCAACAUGUCAUUCGCGAAUGCGCCGGUGACGCGUACGCUUGUCCUCGGGCUGGUGUCGUCCUCGACCUUGGCCAGUCUAUUCGACGUAAAGCAUUGCUUCUACAUUCUCGUGGACACCCACUUCUGGCAGUACCGUCAGUUCUGGCGCACGCUAAGCUACCAGCUAUGCUACACAAACUCAACCGAGGUGCUCUUUGCCUCCAUGGCAUUGUAUAACAUGAGGAUUCUUGAGCAGAUGUGGGGGCCAAGGAAAUAUGCCUCGUUCGUUCUCGUCAGCUUCCUUCUGACGUCCUUGAUCACGCCCACCUUACUGUCCCUCUUCCUACGGCCUCUGACCAUUGGGUUGUUCAAUUACUUGCCGGCCGGGCCGACGCCCGUCAUCUUCGCUAUUCUUGCGCAGUACCAUGCCAUCGUCCCGCACAUGUACAGGUACCGCGUGGCGGCAUCGCCAAGCCAGCAACCAAACGAGACAUCACCCAGCCUCACCUUCUCCGACAAGUCGUACCGCUACGCUUUGGCUAUUCAGCUAGCUCUGUUCCAGUGGCCCGGCUCCUUGCUCGGCGCGCUGGUGGGCUGGGUUGUGGGGUAUGCAUGGAGGAACGACUUGCUCCCUGAAGCCUUGAUGCAGUGCAGGGUGCCGGGAUGGGUUGUCGGAAUUAGGACGCAGAGGAGGCGAGACGAGUUCGAAGGGCUGAGGAGAAGAUUGGAGGGGGAGAACACAGGUGUCGCGUCCGGGUCACAAGUUCCCGUGGAUGGAGGGGUCGCGACGCAACGGACUGUUCCUCAGGAGAUGCGAGACCAACUCAGGGGUCUGAUAUAGGACUGCGCGGGCGUUCUAUAUCUCUGCUAAAACACGGCUAGUCCAGAGUUGAGGGAGCAAAAAAAGUCUCUGCGGAGAUAAAAGGCCAUAUUUUCUAGAAAGAGAUACGACAUAUACCACAAUCAAAAGCUCCGAGAGUCACCCCAGAUUCCGACGCCGCUGCACUGUCUUCUCCAG